AUGACAGGAAAUUAUUUAUCUAUUUGGCGUGAAAUUCUUACUAGCAUAUUAGACAACUGCUACAAUCUUUCCGAUAUUGUUACUCCAUUCGUAGCUCAUACUUCUCCGGAGGGCUAUUUGCCAGUAGAAUUACUAAUUGAGGAUGGUAAUACAACUAAUAAUAGCAAAAUAAUUACGCCUCAAGUAUUGGCUAGUUACUGUUGGAGAAGUAUGAAGGAAGUUUUUUUAAUUUUAGGCAGCAUUAGCCAGUUAUCGCGAUAUUCAAUGGAACAUCAAUUACGUCUAGAAAUAUCACCCGAACAAGCUAAAAAAAUAGGAGAAUUUCUUAAAGCUCAACUAUGUAUCGUUAAACAUGUUGGCGUAUUUGAAUUGUGCUAUAAUGGCUUUGUAAGCUAUUGUGAUAUGUUAUGGACUUGUCGCUCCUUCAAAUUGUCACCAUCAUUAUGGAUUGAUGAAUUAUUGAAAGAUUUAAACACAUGCAAUCUUUCGAAAGAUUUAUGUUCUACUCGACGUAGUGCAGGACUACCAUUUUUUAUCAAAGCUAUUUUAACUACCGAGCCUGCAUCGGCACAAAAGAGAUGCUUUAAAUUAAUGAUGACUGAAUUGCACGAAAUUGCUUUUAAAAGUGAUUAUUCGGAUGACGAGAAUACAAGAGAUGCUACGAUUCAUGCUUUUAAUAUUAUGCGAUCCAUCUAUCGGGAUACUCAUUUUGGAGAUGAUGUUCAUGUAUUUGUCCCAGAUGGAGUACAGGCUGCGAUUAAAGGCAUGGCAGCGAAUAACUGGCAGAUACGCAACGCAGCAACUCUGCUAUUUAGUGCCCUUAUGAAUCGGAUAUUUGGCGUUAAAAAGGAUCGUGAUGAGCAAUCAAAAAAAAAUUGUAUGACGGGACGGGAAUUCUUUUCAAGAUAUCCAAAAUUGUAUCAGUUACUAUUGGAACAUAUCCAGGAUGCUACCGACAAAAUUGAUGAGUAA